ACAGAUUUAAAGGAAGGGAAGGAUUCUGUGUGCCUGGGUGAGUUUUCUCUUCAUGUCAAAAGAGGUAUGUAGGUUAAUUGAAGGCUCUGGUUCCCUGUGCAUGACUAUGCAGGGACAGACUGCUCUCAUUUUGUUUCAUAAUGUGGUGCCAGACUAAGAUUCUGUCGAGUGCAUAAAACAACUUACAAAUGUAUAAAACAACAACAACAAUUUGCUCUGCUAUAACACGUGACAAUAGACUACUUGGUGAUAGUGGCUUCGCUGCUUCAUUUGACAUUUUGGGUGAGGAAAACUUUGAAACCCUUUAGAAUUUGUCAAUUUAUUUGUGAUAGGAUACCACUGUCUUUAAUAGUGCGUCCGAUUCUCAUCCAGUCUCACCACGGCUGUAAAAAGAUGCAUUGAAUUGAUCAUGAGUAAAGCUUGCCAUUGCGUCUCUUGAAAUGUUGGUACCUGGAGCUCUCACCGCAGCAGCCUGCGACUCUCAGACAGGUGCAUUGUCAUGUAUGACUGUUCUCAUUGUGAGUCAGUUGGAAUCCUAAAUGCUGAUGGCAACACACAAAGGAGAGAUAAACUACUUCUGUUGUGGCGACAGAGACAGGAGGAAGUUACCAUCUGCUGACACAUGAAGAACCAUCACCACUUGCAGAUUAAUGUGUCACUGAUGACUGACACCGCACAACAGCAAGGACAUGAUGCGUGCACAUGCACAAAGUUCAAAAGAGUGUUUCCCCAGACAUGGCCAUCUCUGAUGAGCUCCACUACCUUGAGGUUUAUCUCACUGAUGAAUUUGCAAAGGGGCGGAAGGUGGCAGAUCUCUACGAGCUGGUGCAGUAUGCUGGGAACAUCAUUCCACGACUCUACCUGCUGAUCACAGUGGGGGUGGUGUAUGUUCGCUCCUUCCCUCAGUCACGCAAGGACAUUCUCAAGGACCUGGUGGAGAUGUGUCGGGGUGUCCAGCACCCUCUCAGGGGUCUCUUUCUCCGAAACUACCUGCUGCAGUGCACUCGCAACAUCUUGCCAGAUGACGGAGAGCAGUCUGAGGGAACAGAAGAGAUGACUGGUGACAUCAACGACUCCAUCGACUUUGUCCUCCUGAACUUUGCGGAAAUGAACAAACUGUGGGUGCGAAUGCAGCAUCAGGGCCACAGUCGAGAUCGCGAGAAAAGAGAGAAGGAGAGACAGGAGUUGAGGAUUCUGGUUGGAACCAACUUGGUUCGCCUCAGUCAGCUGGAGGGGGUCAACGUGGAGAAGUACAAGCAGAUCGUUCUCCCAGGAGUGCUGGAGCAGGUUGUGAAUUGUAGAGACUCACUGGCACAGGAAUACCUCAUGGAAUGCAUAAUUCAGGUUUUCCCUGAUGAAUUCCACCUUCAGACCCUGAACCCUUUCCUGCGGUCCUGUGCCGAGUUACAUCAACAUGUCAACGUCAAGAACAUCAUCAUUGCCCUCAUUGACAGGUUGGCUCUGUUUGCUCACCGAGAGGACGGCCCUGGUAUUCCAGCGGAGAUUAAACUGUUUGACAUUUUUUCACAGCAAGUGGCCACUGUCAUUCAGUCUCGUCAGGACAUGCCCUCCGAAGACGUGGUGUCUCUUCAAGUCUCUCUCAUCAAUUUGGCCAUGAAAUGUUACCCCGACCGCGUGGACUACGUCGAUAAAGUCUUGGAAAGCACUGUGGAGAUAUUUAACAAGCUCAACCUGGAACACAUAGCGACCAGCAGCGCCGUGUCCAAAGAGCUGACCAGACUGCUGAAGAUUCCAGUGGACACCUAUAACAACAUCCUGACAGUGCUGCAGCUCAAACAUUUCCCUCCUCUUUUUGAAUAUUUCGACUACGAGUCUCGCAAGAACAUGAGCUGCUACGUGUUGAGCAACACGCUGGACUACAACACCACCAUCGUGGCUCAGGAGCAGGUUGACGCCAUCUUGAACUUGGUGGCCACACUGAUCCAAGACCAGCCAGAUCAGCCGGCUGAUGACCCUGACCCAGAGGACUUUGCAGAGGAGCAAAGCCUCGUCGGACGUUUCAUCCACCUGCUCCACUCGGAUGAUCCUGACCAGCAGUACCUUAUCCUGAACACAGCUCGCAAACACUUUGGUGCCGGCGGUAACCAAAGGAUUCGCUACACCCUGCCUCCUCUGGUGUUCGCAGCCUACCAGUUGGCCUUCAGAUACAAAGAGAACUCCUCCCUGGACGACAAGUGGGAAAAGAAGUGUCAGAAGAUCUUCUCCUUUGCCCAUCAGACCAUCAGUGCACUCAUCAAAGCUGAGCUCGCUGAGCUGCCUCUGCGGCUGUUCCUGCAGGGGGCGCUAGCUGCAGGAGAGAUUGGCUUUGAGAACCACGAAACUGUGGCUUAUGAGUUCAUGUCACAGGCGUUCUCUCUAUAUGAGGAUGAGAUCAGCGACUCCAAAGCUCAGCUUGCAGCCAUCACCCUCAUCAUCGGAACCUUUGAGAGAAUGCGAUGCUUCAGUGAAGAGAACCACGAGCCUCUGAGGACUCAGUGCGCACUGGCCGCCUCCAAGCUGUUGAAGAAGCCAGACCAGUGCAGAGCUGUCAGCAUCUGCGCCCACCUCUUCUGGUCGGGCAGAAGCACAGACAAGAACGGAGAAGAGAUCCGUGAUGGGAAAAGGGUGAUGGAAUGCCUUAAGAAAGCUCUCAAGAUUGCCAACCAGUGCAUGGACCAGUCGCUGCAGGUGCAGCUCUUCAUCGAAAUUCUCAACAGAUACGUCUGCUUCUAUGAAAGGGAAAACGACGCGGUCACUGUCCAGGUAUUAAACCAGCUGAUCCAGAAGAUCCGGGAGGACCUUCCCAACCUGGAGGCCAGCGAAGAGACGGAGCAGAUCAACAAACACUUCCACAACACACUGGAGCACCUCCGCCUGCAGAGAGAGUCCCCCGAGUCCGAGGGUCCUGUCUACGAGGGUCUGGUCCUUUAAAAGCAGGGGGUGCAAGAUGUCGGGUCCAUCCAUAGAUGUUCUAGUAUGACGACGCCCACACGGUCCCAUCUUUUGGUCAGGAGUCGUCAUGAUCCCUCAGAGACUCGCUCAUUCUACGUUGAUAUUAUUAUGAUUAUGAUCAUUAGUUUCCUCCCCCCGCUGAUCUUCAUGAGCAGGUCCGGGUGUUGCAUGUGUGAGCAGAACCCGCGUGCACUUGUGACACCAGUCCUCAUCCACCAUCUUCUCUUCUAACCUGCAUCUCUUCCUCGUCCAUGGUAGACUAACGCUCUUGAUGCUCCUGCUGUCAUGUCUUUGUGGUCACUUCAAACACACUCUGGUCUCACACUUGGCCGUGGACGGGUUUGUGUGGACCUCUAUUGUGCAGCCAUGUGCAUGAGUCUCCAUCCAUCGCUCAGUAGCUGCCGAGUUCAGUCAGUUCCAGAGUUUUGCUCUUUAUUUCUUCAGCUUUUCACAUUGUCUGGAGGAGGCGUGGCUAGAGAGGUUCUUGAUUUCCUUUGUGGACCAAUGGAGCGAGGGCUGACGGGGCUGUUGCUACUGUUGCCGUACAGAUCAGGUGGUGAUGCGUCCGUCAGUGUGUGUGUGAGAAAAUGACUGGCUUCUUUUUUGGCUUCUUCCUUUUGUCUUGUCGAUGUGUCAGAAGCAGCUCGCUGCUUUGAAUCCCUGCGCAGAUCCACUUCACUGAGAAUGAAAAGAAAUUGGAUUGUUAUAUAACAGGUAUCAUUGUCACUGCUGGAAUAAAACGGAAAAUUCAUAACCAUUUGCCUUUUGUUAAUUUUACAUCGACAGUAUAUCGAUAUAAUAAAGUAUUAUCACUAAUAUCCAGAGUGACUGUUUCUAUCCAGUAAUUUGUUGCGUUUUUUCUUUCCGUCACCAUCCCUCAGAUGAGUCCUCUGUUCUGAAGUGGGAUG